UUCUCCCGUUGACGUGUUUCUACAGAGCAGAUGGCUUUACACAUAAAUCCUAUUAACAACUUUCUGCUGAUGGAGACUCAGUGAGUACAGGGCUUUCUCGCUCUUUCAUUAUCUCCGCUGCGAGGCCUGCUUUUUUAUUUUCUAACCUCUAAAAAGAAGCAGUGGUAGAGCUGAAGUCAGAGGCCACGUCAUGUCUGCAGAGAAGAAGCCAAAAAAGAAGAAAGAGGAGACAAAUGGUGCAACAGAAUCCAAGCUGAACGCAAAAGAGGCCAAGCCAAAAAAAACAAAGACCAAAAAAAGUGAAGAUGUAUCCGAAGAGGAAAGUCCUGCCAUCCAAAGUGAGGAACCUUUUAAGAGACGAUGACAUUUAUAAACAUUUCCUACAAAGAAAGCAUAAAACAAACAUGUUUCUCUCUCUUCUCCUGUCCACUUUGGUUACACUGCGGUUUCCUGAUGAACAUUAUAGAUGGAAAGAAGGUGAAGAAAAAGAAACCAGAAAAAGAUAAAGAAGAACCAGAAAAGGGAAAAGAGAAGGAGAAAGAGAAAGAGCCAAAAAAGAAAACCAAAAGUGCUCCAAAAAAGAAGAAAAGUUCAGGCACAGAUAACGACGACGAUGAUGACGAUGAUGAAGACACCGCCAAAAAGAAGACUAAGAAAAAGACAACAAAAGAAAGCUCUCCAUCUUCAACUUCUGCCAAAGAAAAGAAAUCUAAAUCUAAAGAGGACAAAGAUUCUGAUGGAAAAGAAAAAAAGUCCAAGUCAAAGGAGAAGGACAAGGACAAGAAGAAAGAACCAGCUUCAAUGUUCCAGAUAAACGGAGAAAAAGACUCAAAAAGCAAGAAGAAAGCUGCCAAAUCAGACAGUGAUGACAGUGAAGAGGAGAUAAAAUCAACCAAAUCAAAGAAGAAAUCCUCCUCCGGCUCAGCAUCCAUGUUCCAAACAUCAGGAGACAAGGAAAAAGACAAGGAAAAAGACAAGAAGACAAAGAAGAAAGCAAAGGCAGAAGACAGCGAUGAUUCUGACUCAGAAAAAGAAGAAAAAUCAAAGAAGAAAAAGGGCAAAGGGAAGAAGAAAAAGGAGAGAGCUCCAUCACCUGAGAUUGAGUUUGACAACUUGGAGAAGUUUAUUUUGGAGCCGGCUCCGCAGGGCGUGACCAUCAAAUGCAGAGUGACUCGAGACCAGAGAGGGAUGGACAAGGGCUUCUACCCUCUCUACUACUUUCACCUCGACAACGAAAAGAAGACAUUCCUGUUAGCUGGCAGGAAAAGAAAGAAAUGUGCAACUUCAAAUUACCUCAUCUCCAUUGAUGCCACAGAUUUAUCGAGAGGUGGAGAGAACUUUGUUGGAAAGCUGAGGUCCAAUUUAAUGGGGACUAAGUUCACCGUAUUUGACAACGCUCUGAAUCCAGAGAGAGCUCUUCCAGACUUGUCUAAUGCGCGGCAGGAGCUGGCAGGCAUCAUUUAUGAAACAAAUGUCUUAGGGAUGAAAGGACCCAGAAGGAUGAUGGUUGUCAUUCCAGGGAUGGACAAGGACAACAAGCGAGUACCUCUCCGACCAAGAAAUGAUUGCGACGGCUUGUUGAUAAGGCACCAGAAUAAAAGGAUGGAGAAUCUGAUCGAGCUUCAAAACAAGACGCCUGUGUGGAAUGAAGACAGCGCGUCUCAUGUGCUCAACUUCAACGGCCGGGUCACCCAGGCCUCCAUCAAGAACUUCCAGAUAGUCCACAGCAAAGACUUGGACUACAUUGUGAUGCAGUUUGGUCGAAUAGCUGAUGACAUUUUCACGCUGGACUUCAACUACCCGAUGUGUGCCCUGCAGGCCUUCGCCAUCGCGCUCUCCAGCUUUGAUGGCAAGAUCGCCUGUGAAUAACAGAAACAUCCCCUGUUGUGUACUCACACUGCAACCAGUAUGCAACACACACACGCCCACAUCCCAACAGCUCUUACUCGCCUUCAACACUUCCUGCGAUAGGUGUCGAUAAAGCAUGACGGUUCCUUGAACGUAUUACCUGCUGCUGGUUGUCGCCUCUACGGGCGUUUGACUCCCUCCAGGAGUGAGAAACAAAAUGUGUCUCAUAUCAUCAUCUGAUCUUGCACGGCACGGCGCAGGAGGUUCUUGUUUUCUGUCUCAGUAAUUCAGUGGAGACGUCUGUGAAUAACAGAAAGACACACAUCCUUUCCAAAGACUUCAACGGCUGGAGAGUGAAGGGUUUCUUAAAGGGACGAUGGUGCACCACGAUGAUGAAGGUUACUGACGUC